AGCCCCUGGUUCCCCAGGAGAGCAGUGGAGAACUGUCAAAGCGAUCUGGGGUGGCGCUGAUAAUCCUCGAGCCGCCCAGCACCUAAGGCCUGACUGGUAGCUCCCUAUCCGGGGCUGCUGGCCCCCAAGUGCCGGCUGCCACCAUGAACAGUGACGAGCAGUACUAUGCGGCCACACAACUCUACAAGGACCCGUGCGCAUUCCAGAGGGGCCCGGUACCAGAGUUCAGCGCUAACCCCCCUGCGUGCCUGUACAUGGGCCGCCAGCCCCCACCUCCGCCGCCACCCCAGUUUGCAGGCUCGCUGGGAACACUGGAGCAGGGAAGUCCCCCGGACAUCUCCCCAUACGAGGUUCCCCCGCUCGCCGACGACCCGGCUGGCGCGCACCUCCACCACCACCUCCCAGCUCAGCUCGGUCUCGCCCAUCCUCCUCCCGGACCUUUCCCGAAUGGAACCGAGCCUGGGGGCCUGGAAGAGCCCAGUCGCGUUCAGCUCCCUUUCCCAUGGAUGAAAUCCACCAAAGCUCACGCGUGGAAAGGCCAAUGGGCAGGAGGUGCAUACGCAGCGGAACCCGAGGAGAAUAAGAGGACCCGUACAGCCUACACAAGGGCGCAGCUGCUGGAGCUGGAGAAGGAAUUCUUAUUUAACAAAUACAUCUCCCGACCUCGCCGGGUGGAGCUGGCAGUGAUGCUGAACUUGACUGAGAGACACAUCAAAAUCUGGUUCCAAAACCGUCGCAUGAAGUGGAAGAAAGAAGAAGAUAAGAAACGUAGUAGCGGGACAGCAAGCGGGGGCGGUGGGGGCGAAGAGCCCGAGCAGGAUUGUGCAGUGACCUCGGGUGAGGAGCUGCUGGCAUUGCCACCGCCGCCACCUCCCGGAGGUGCGGUGCCCCUAGGCGUCCCUGCUGCAGCCCGGGAGGGCCGACUGCCUUCGGGCAUUAGCGGAUCGCCACAGCCCUCCAGCAUCGCGCCACUUCGACCGCAGGAACCUCGGUGAGAACAGCAGGCUGAGGGUGAUCGGGGUCUGGGACCUGGAAUGUGAACGUGGACGCGGGCAGCUGGAUAAGGGAGAAGAUCAUAAGGCUUAACCUAGACGCUACACAAGGAGAACAUUCUUGAGGGCACGAGAGCCAGUUGGGUAUUACCGGAGAGAUGCUGGCAGACCUCUGGAAAAACAGACCCAAGCUUCUGAAAACUUUGAGGUUGCGUCUGGUGUCAUGCGAAUGGCUAAGUCUGCCUCUAGGACUCUCUCCUGGGACCAAUUUAGAGAACCCGGGCUCCAAAUUGAAGACAAUGAAAAGGGUACAAACUUGAGUGUUCCCGUGAUGUCCAACAGGUGAGCUGGACUAGGUGCCUUUGUCUGCCCAGAAACAGAACGGCUGAACAAUCUAAGGUUCAGAAUAAAGAAAGGGAGCUGUUUGAGGUUUCAAAGCCAAUGCUUCUUCCGAUCCUCCCUCCUCUUCUCCCUCCCUCACCUCCUUUUCCUUACUUCCCCUUCCUAGAUUCUUUCUCCCUCUUUAGCCAAAUAUUUCACUAAUGUCCAUCCUUCAACCUAUACCAUUUCUUUUGAAAAUCAGAAAUUCUUCACACCCGGACUUCCUCGUGUCUAUAAUGGGACCUCCAGGGUCCUGAGGGACAAAGGUGCAUAAGGACAUUUGAAGUUUCUGUUUAGAGCGCGAAUAUCUUCCCGGAAAGAAGCCAGGUGCUCUGGUACAUCUUGGGAAACUAUUCACAAAGCCUGGAUGUGAUUUCCACGUCAUGGUUAGAAGUUGGGGGUGGGGGAACUGGUUGUUUUCAUUUAAGGUUUUAAAUUAACCAUUCUUUGCCAACAGGUCUGCAGUUUCAAAGUCAGUCAGUUGUUCCUUUUAAGGUCUGAGCCUUGUCUUUAGGCUGUUUGUGGAAAAUGCUUAAUAAGUAUGAAUAGCAAGAAAGGGGUUUGAAGGCAACCUGGUCUAAUUUCAAGCCAUCCUAGAGGGCGAUGUUUCCAUUUCAUUUUAAAAUCUUAACUAGCGUUU